AUGCAGAAGUUGAAUCUAUCUCCUUAUCCGGGCUUCGAUGAGACAGGUUCCUAUAUAGAACAACACCCGAAUACACGUGUGAGACCUGAUGGAGAAGAAUAUGCAAACAAAAGCAAAGGAUGUAUAAAUUUGUUCAUUUCAGAAAAACAUAAACAUGUUAUACCCCCACCACCGUCACCUAGGCUUCCAUCAAGGGAGGCCAGAAACAACUAUGAAAUAUCAAAAACUGGGCACAUUGGGAACUUACUAGGGGGCACAGGUCAGCCACCACCAAAGGAGCCUAUGCCUGUCGCAAGACUAACUAUGGAAAGUAUGAGCAUCGCAGAAUCUCACAAAGGACAACAAAUGAACACUUUGUUUACCAAAUUUGGUCAACAUGGACCAUCUGCUCGGCCACCUUCUAGAGUCAAGCAUGAAGCUGAAGACAGUGCAGACCUUGGCAGAGGUGGAAGGAUGAAUGCUUUGCUUCACAAUCCAAACUCAAUUCCUGAUACACCAAGAAGUGUGCCCAGGGUCAGGUUGGAUGCCACAGAAAUUGCAGAGAAAGGUGUUGCAGGAAGUAUGGCCAAGGUGUUUGGACAAUAUGGAACAAAUCUUGGGUCUUGUGUAAGAGUUCCUCGUGUCAAACCUGAAGCAGAGAUGAUGGCAAAAUUGGACAGAGGGAUUCAAGUAGAGCGUCUUUUUCAUGAGUAUGGGAAACAGAAGACUAUUACACAACCUGCACCUAAAGUUAGAGAUGGCAAAGAAAUGGCAGCAAUGGACAGAGGAGUGCGAAUGUCUAAACUAAUGCAUGAAAUAGAAAAGCUGCCUUCAAAUCCCAGACCUCAUUCAAGAAUAACAUCCGCUGCUGGAAGAAGAAAUAUGAAAAACAACAGAGGAAGCAUCAGCAACAUUUUUGCUGAAACUUCAAAAUGGCAGAUAAUUCCUAAAGUUGGUGUGAGGCACUGA